AUGGCCACCCCCUCUCUGCUCACUCUCCCUGCAGAGACCUUAAUGGCAAUAUGUCAAAAUCUCUGCACGCACUGCGUUCGCAAAGGUUCCGAGCCACCCGCGUACAACCAAGGACCCUCGGCCCUCAAAGACGCAAACGAAGGCCUCGCUGCUCUCUCAUACCUCUCACGUACCUGUAAAACACUUUGCGACAUUGCGCAGCCCAUCCUCUACCACAUGCCAUGGGCCAUUAAGAGGGACAGCGCUGCCAUUGCUCGCAUGAUUGUCCAGAGACCAGAUCUUGCGCAGCAAGUGCAAGAACUCGUCUUUGGACCUGAUCUAUGGGCUGUUGGAUACUGGACCGUCAACUCUGACGAGGACAGGCGGCUUUUCGAGGCUGAGAUGGCAACCGAGACCAUCUAUAAUAGUCGCGGCGAUCGAGUGUCACCAAUAUGCCUGUGGGACGCCGAUAAUUUGCCCUGGCGAAUGGACGGGGGUGACAUGUGCGAGUACCUCGCUCAAGAGUUUCUGGCAAUGCUGAUUAUGACAAAGACGCCAAAUGUGAAGCAGUUGACGUUGGAAGGGGGCUACCUAAACCAGAAACCUUUCUUUCGCCCUCACAUGCUUCCCUCUCUUACCACAAUCAGGGUCCUGAAUUGGGAGGCGAGAGGGGUCCAACUUGAUGGCAUGACAGGUAUUUUGGUGGCUGCUCCAGCAUUGGAGACAUUGCAUUGUCGUUUAUUAAAUAGUUCCGCACUGGUGGGUAGAGGACAGAGCCAUUUCCGCCACGAGAAUGUCACCACGGUUGUGUUUGAGUGGAGUACACUGAGCGACUUGGAAACCACAAUGAGGAGUUUUCCAAAUCUCAAGACGUUUCGCUAUCAGUCCGGUGGUGCCACAGUGAAUGAAAUGGGCGAGGCAACCCCAGUGGACAUCUCGACCGCACUCCUCGUCCGGAGGGACACCUUGCAGACCGUCUCAAUUGACCUUCAGGAGGCAUUCUAUGGGGAUGAUCUCGAUGAGGAUCAAGUCAUGCGCGGGCUAUCAGACAUGAAGGCCUUGGUGAACCUAGAACUCUGCGGAACAUGUGUCUAUGUCGAGACUGACGACGACACCACGACGGAUGGAACGCUCUUGACGAGCCUCUUGCCAAGCUCGCUGCAGGUUUUUGGACUCCAUAAACCGCACGAGCACAUUUACCAGGAUAUCCUGGGGCUUGCUUCCGGAGCUGCCGAACUCUUCCCCAAGUUAAUAAAGGUCAUGAUUCGAGGUAUUGAAGGAGAGCAAGCCGAGGUGUUUCGCCAAGCAUUUGAGUCCAGUGGCAUCAAGUUUAUCCAAAACGAGACGUUGCCCGAGUUUCAUCGCUGGAGAUGA